ACCAUCCGGGCAGGAUGAGCUGGACAAAGCUACAGCAACUCGGAGGUGCAGCUUCGAUCCGUUUGUCCGACCCGUUGGGUCGCACGGGUCCCGAUUCCUUCUACGCAGUGUCCAAAGUUUUCGGCGAGGCCUUGGGUUACCUCUUCUCGCGUGUACAUCAGUCCUUUGAGUUCGUGGCGCUGCGCAUAGGUUGGUGUUUGUACGAAAAGCCCACAGAUUUGAAGGGCGACGAAUGUGAGGACUACUUGCGCUGCAUGUUCCUGUCGCAACGCGAUUUUAAAGGCUUCCUCCGAGCUGCGCUGCAGCGGGACCUCGCGCGACAUCAAGGAUUUCUCAUCGCCUAUGCCGUGAGCCGCAACGGCCUGCGUUCCUUUGAUUUGCAGGAGACAAUUGAGACCUUGGGCUACCAUCCAGUCGAUGAUGCAGAGGACUACUACACAGAGGUCAAGAAGUUCCGAAGAGGGAUGACCACCCAUGUGAUGAUUGCCCAGUCCCACCGAAACACCCAGCGAUCGCGUCUUCCGCUUUCUGCUGCAAUGGCGGGACCGGUGCCGUGGCGCGGCCGCUAUGUGGAGACCCCUUGCGGGCGCUGGGGCAUUUGCUGCAAGGAGACGGUUGACGAGUUGGAGGCAGAACGGGAGCUGGAGAUGGGUCAGAUGGUGUUGCUCGACAGCGACCUGUCCAUCGCGUCGGACGCACAGUCCGAGUCCACGGUGGCGACGGUGGCGCUACGACCCGAGGAGGUGCGACGAAGUUCCUGGUGCGCCUUAGGGACCUGCGUCCUCAGCAGCUUCGGGCCCGGCGUGGUCUUACGCUAUCGGGUGGAGGAUGACAUGCACGAGGUUCAGCUGUGGGGGCCCUUGAGCCAAGGGCAAAACCGCGCCUUCCUGCGGCGCGAGGCUUUGCAGGAGGUCCUCCCUGCGCUGCCGGGGCUCGCUGUAGAGACCUCUUCGGGCUCGGGCAUCUGCCAGACCGUGGAGCCUGAGCGGAUCUCCGUGAAACUCACGGAAGCAGGUGAAGUUGUCUGGAUGUCGGCCAAAGAUGUUCAAUGUCCAGUCGCCAAAACUUUACCGUUAGUGAAUCGAUUUUUGGAUGUUGCUGCCACCAUGGUGAAAUUCCAUUCAGGGAUGCUGCUGCGCCUGGCGGACGCCUUCCAGGGCUUGGGCUUGGAGCGGCUCCAGGACCUGCUGCUGAGCCGCGCGAGCGAAGCAGCUGGCACAGCGCUGCAGCUCUGGGAUGACUUCGAAGCCAAAGAAGCAAAGGAGCUUGCCGAGUCCUUGAAGUCCCAGGCGGAUGCGGCCAUGCCUAAGUUGCAAGGUUUGGUGUCGAGCCUCUUCUCCGGUCUGAACCAGUUGAUCAGUCGGGCCUUGUUCGAUGGCGUUUGGAUUGGCAAGGAUGAUUUGGAGGCUCGAUGUACCAUCAAAGAUGCCAUGCUGCAGUGGCACUGGGGCGAGGAGUCUGACUUUUCGAUUCAAUGCAUGUGGAGUGAAACCUCUAUCUCAACCUUGUUGGCGGGCGAAAUCUUCAAAGGCAGCUUGCGCUUGGACGGCUGUCUCCAAUGGAGUGACGGCGAUGUCUGGCAGCGUCGUGAUGGGGAAGAGGAGACCGAAGAGAUCGCCAUGGACCUGCGGAGUUUGCACUUUCGCUUGGUGACCUUCAGAGAGAUGGUCGCCUCAGGAGACUUCAGUGGCCUGGAGGUUGACGGCCUCGAGGAUGCCGUGAGGUGUUUGAGCAAAAUCGCCCAAACGGCCUCCGCGGAUGAAGAUGUCAAAGUCCUAGCAUCCAACCUGCAAGAGCAGAUGGAGCGAUGCAAAUCGGCUGGAUAUACAGUUGGACGUCAAGUACAGCAACUGGUGUGUGACACCCUGCCAGCCAAAGCGGGAACUGCAAUCUCUUUGGCUUCCGACACUUCGAAGCUGUUGCUACAGCAGACUUUGCUUCGACAAACAGCGGGCAAUGAAGGCUUGGUCACCUUCUCCUGCACCUUUGUUCCCAUGGCUCUCUAUGCCGCCUGGCGGCUGUUGGACGCACGGCGCCACAUCGAUGGUGCUCUGGCAGAGCAGGAAGAGAUGGCAUUACAGGGCCUGGUGCAGAUGAAAGGUGUGGAGUCUUCCAUCAUUCUGCAGCUUCCCCCAAGUCUCCGGCGCUUCACUGGAGGAUUUGGCCGCCAAGAUGCAGUGUUGCCAAGCAAACUUGAGAGCUUGAGCCUCGCAGACCUGAACCAAAGUCUGAAAGUCAUCAGUCUUCCGCAGGCUCUACGAGACUUGACCUUAGGUGCUCAUUUCAAUCAAAGCUUGGUGGGGGUGAAGUUUCCAAGCAGCCUGGAAAGCUUGACAUUUGGGAUGUGGUUCAACCAGAGCUUGGAAGGCGUAAAUUUGCCCUGCAAUCUGCUGAAACUCACAUUUGGUGAGAGUUUCGAUCAGAGCUUGCAAGGUGUGAAGCUGCCAGAGAGUCUGCAGAAGUUGACCUUUGGGAGACAUUUCAAUCAGACAUUGGAAGCUGUGACGUUGCCUGCAGCUCUGGAAGACUUGACCUUUGGUGGUCAUUUUGACCAGACAAUGCAGGGAGUGAAUCUUCCACAAAGUCUUCAAAGCUUGACCUUCGGCGACACCUUUGCACAGAGUAUGGAUCAAGUGACGUUGCCUUGUGGACUUCAAGGCUUGCAUUUUGGCGACUGGUUUGACCAAAGCAGAGGAAUGAAUUUGCCCAGCAAUCUACGCAGCUUAACUCUGGGUGGAAGGGGUUCCAGCGUCUUGAAACAGCUGAAGUUGCCGAGCACUUUGCAAAGUUUGACUCUGGGAAAAGGUUUCAACGAGGGCUUGAAGGGUUUGCCAGAGAACCUGCAGAGCUUGACCUUUGGGACACAAUUCAACCAAAGCCUGGAGGGUUUGAAGCUCCCGAAGCUUCAGAGCUUGACCUUUGGCAACAACUAUCGACAGACGCUGGAAGGUGUGGAGUUGCCUGAAAGCCUUCAGAGCCUGACGUUUGGAAGAUAUUGGAGCCACAGCCUCGAGCACAUGGUGUGGCCACGGGGUCUUCAACAGUUGACUUUUGGUGAGAGGUUUGGCUGUCGAUUGGACUGCGUGAGAUUCCCCAGCAGUCUUCAAAGCUUGACAUUGGGCGACUACAACUUGCGGCUGCCCAGCGGGAUUUUACCUGAUGGUCUCCAAUACUUGAGAUUUGGAAGUAUGUUUAACUCGAGCCUUGAGUAUGCAGAGUUGCCAGAGAGUCUUCAAACCCUGAUUUUUGGUCGAAGCUUCAAUGAAAGCUUGGAGAAGGUAAAGUUACCAAGCCUUCGAACUUUGGUCUUUGGUGAUGGUUUCAACCAGAGCCUGGAGAAGGUGGAGUUUCCCAGCCUGGAAAAUCUGACUCUUCCUGCUGGAUACAACCACAGUUUGGACUGCGUCAACUUUCCCGCCGGUGCGGUGCUCCUGCAAGGGCAGAAGCGUUUGGCGGAACAGCUGACGCAGCUUCAGGAGACGGCCAUCACUCCGCAGCUGGACGCGGUGCAGAAGCGAAGUCAACGCUUCCUGACGCACCUGGCCACCGACGACAAGGUGAAGAGCAAGGCCUCGCAGCUCUUCAGCGCUGUGGAGCAACGCUUCGCCGAGCAGCUGCCGAAUCAGCUGGAGGAAUGGGUGCAAAACCUGCGAAGCCAGGUCAGAGAUCAGUUGGGCUUGAACCGCGCUCUGUUGGUUGAUGGCCUCAAGGCGUUGCCUGUGAACCAGGAGGCGUUGAGAGAAAUCCUGUUGGCCUCCUGGGAUCACACGGCCAAACUCGAAGCGCAGCUGGAGAGUUGCAUCCUGGAUGCCUUGAACGCCUCUGGGGUGGACUGCACCGGAACAGAGCUGGUGAACUGUUUUGAAAGUUCAACAGCCUUCAGCAAUAUCCCAGCUCUGCGGCAAAGCAGUGGUUCUUUGCUGACGUUGCUCAAGGAUUUGAACAUCGAAGUGCCAUCUGCCGUGCAGAACCUCCUGGAGGCGCAUGCGGCAGGACGAAGCCAAGAUGCGAAUGCUUGGAAGGCGGCCCUGAAGAGCAGUCUUGAUGACGAGGUCAUGGUGAAAGGUGCCACUGGAAUCGUCGAACACGGCGAAAGGGUCAUGGCGAAGUUGCAGGAGCUCAAGGAGAAUCAGGCGGUGGCUCGUGUGGUGGAACAACUGGAGAAGAAUGAGGACAUGGACAUCGAACGUGAGGUCAUGAACCGCAUUCACGACUUCAACCCGGAGCAGGCCUUGUCCAAGGCGGAGGAAGCCUGGAGCAACAUCGAAGCCCGGGAAGAGCUGGUGAACCACCUCAAGGACACGUGCUUGGACUUUAUCCUCAAGAUCUUGCCCGCUAUCCAAAUUGAGAAGGUGAAUGGACAGGAUAAUGACUGCGACUGGGAAAUCAGCCCUUUGGACUUUGAUUUUGGAUCGUGGAUGCUGGCGCAGGUGCGGGUGGCCUUGAACGACCUCAAUGCAUCCGAGGAGGUGCUCCGCAUCAGCGCAUGGGGCAUCAGUGCUCAUUUCUACGGGCUGAAAGUCUAUGUGUGUCCAACGUCGCUGAUCGCAGCAGAAUGCACGGGCGAUGCCAUCGCCGAAGGGAUGUCCUUGGACUUGGCCUUCCGUUGGCAACGACCGCCUGCUGAUAGUCCCGAUGGCACCUUGCCACAAUUGGUGAUGUGCAGCCGAAAAAUCGAGAUGGCUAGCCUAGACUUGUGGGUCCACCAGACGGAUUGGUCGUUGUCCACCAUCGUGAAUGCUUUGACCUUCCUCUUCGCGGAUGUGCUGAAAAGAUAUGCGUGCGAGAAGAUCGCCAGCAAGUUGGAUGAACACAUGGGCGUCCUGGUCGAAGGUCUCAACUCAUCCCUCGUGUCCUGUGCUCCGCUGUUGAAGCGCUUGGGUUUCUCUGACCUCUUGGACUUGGGCCAGGAGGAGCCAAGUCAAGAGCCCUCGAUCGCGAUCGAUCCCAAGAUCCAGGAUGCGCGGCAGACGGGUUUCUGGAGGCAAGACAGCUGGUUCAACAGCAUGCGACAAGAUCCUAACGAUCUCUACCGCAACCCUUUGGAUUGUUUGGGAUGA